CUGGAUGUCAGCAGCAGAAGAAGAAGUAGAAGAAGAAGAAGAAGCAGCAGAAGCUACUUCCGCUAAUAGCCUCUGCCUGGUGUAACUUAUAUCACCGCUGUUCUGGUCCAGAAGGCCAAAUAGCGAAAGUGCGUCAUGUUGCGUCUGCCGAAUGUCGGCCGAGCUCUGGCCGGAGCUGCCAAGAGCAGCCUGGCUGGUAACACUGUGCGGACUUCAGUGCGCGCAGCGAGCAACAUGGUGGAAGUGUUUGUGGACGGGAAGCCGGUGGAGGUGGAGGCCGGAACGACCGUGCUGCAGGCCUGUGAGAAAGCCGGGAUCCAGAUCCCCAGGUUCUGCUACCACGAGCGCCUCUCUGUGGCCGGAAACUGCCGCAUGUGUCUGGUGGAGAUCGAGAAAGCUCCGAAGCCCGUCGCAGCCUGUGCCAUGCCCGUCAUGAAGGGCUGGAACAUCCUCACCAACUCAGAGAAAACACGCAAAGCCAGAGAGGGAGUGAUGGAGUUCUUGUUGGCCAACCAUCCUCUGGACUGUCCCAUCUGUGAUCAGGGAGGAGAGUGUGACCUGCAGGAUCAGUCCAUGCAGUUCGGCUCGGACCGGAGUCGCUUCACAGAAGCAAAGAGAGCAGUGGAGGACAAAAACAUCGGGCCGCUCAUUAAGACCAUCAUGACCCGCUGCAUCCAGUGCACACGCUGCGUCCGUUUUGCGAGUGAGAUCGCCGGCGUUGAAGAUUUAGGAACGACAGGAAGAGGGAACAACCUUCAGAUCGGGACGUACGUGGAGAAGAUGUUCAUGUCAGAGCUGUCGGGUAACGUCAUCGACGUCUGUCCUGUCGGAGCGCUCACCUCCAAACCGUACGCCUUCACCGCCCGGCCCUGGGAGACCCGGAAAACAGAGUCCAUCGAUGUUCUGGACGCUGUGGGCAGUAACAUCGUGGUGAGCACAAGAGGCGGGGAGGUGAUGAGGGUCAUGCCCCGGCUGAACGAGGACGUCAAUGAAGAAUGGAUCUCUGAUAAGACCAGGUUUGCAUACGACGGUCUGAAGAGGCAGAGGUUAACGACGCCGUUGGUGAAGGACGAGUCCGGUCAGCUGAGCCCGACCACGUGGGAGGACGCUCUAACGCGUGUCGCAGGAGCACUGCAAAGCGUGCAGGGCAGCGAGGUCGCAGCCAUCGCAGGAGGCAUGGUCGACGCUGAAACGCUGGUCUCCCUGAAAGAUCUCCUGAACAGACUCAACUCAGAGAGCCUCUGCACCGAGGAGCUGUUCCCCACGGCCGGAGCAGGCACCGACCUGCGCUCAAACUACCUGCUGAACUCUCGCAUCGCCGGCAUCGAGGACUGCGACCUGCUGCUGCUCGUGGGGACAAACCCCCGUUACGAAGCGCCGCUCUUCAACGCAAGAAUUCGCAAGAGCUGGCUCCACAACGAGCUGCAGGUCGCCAUGGUGGGUCACAACGUGGAUCUGAGUUACUCGUACGAACACCUGGGAGAGGAGACAGCCGUGUUGAAGGAGCUUGCUAACGGCACACACCCCUUCUGCCAGACUCUCUCAGCUGCAAAGCGUCCGGUUGUGAUCGUGGGCAGCAGCGCUCUGCAGAGAGAGGACGGAGCCGCCAUCCUGAGCACCGUGUCCACCAUCGCUCAGAACGCCAGGACCAGCAGCGGGGUGGAGGAGGGCUGGAAGGUGCUCAACGUGCUGCACAGAGUGGCAAGUCAGGUGGCUGCGUUGGAUCUGGGUUACAAAGCUGGAGUGGACGCCAUCAGGAACAAUCCCCCUAAAGUCCUGUUCCUGCUGGGAGCUGAUGCUGGGUGCAUCACCAGGGCUGACCUGCCCAAAGAGAGCCUCAUCAUCUACCAGGGUCAUCACGGUGACGUCGGUGCACCGAUGGCUGACAUCAUCCUGCCCGGCGCUGCGUACACGGAGAAGAACGCCACGUAUGUGAACACUGAAGGUCGCAGUCAGCACACCCGCGUGGCCGUCACGGCUCCCGGGAUGGCCCGAGAGGACUGGAAGGUCAUCAGAGCCGUGUCUGAGCUGGCUGGUGUCACGCUGCCCUACGACUCCCUAGAAGAGGUCCGCUCCAGACUGGCAGAGGUCUCUCCUAACCUGGUCCGGUACGAUGAUGUGGAGGAGGCGAACUACUUCAAGCAAGCGAAUGAACUCGCAAUGGCUGUGAACCAGGACCUCCUCGCUGCUCCUCUGGUCCCCCCUCAGCUCUCAGCUAAGGACUUCUACAUGACAGACUCUAUCAGCAGAGCCUCGCAGACGAUGGCCAAAUGCGUCAAAGCCGUGACGGAAGGAGCCGCCGCCGUCGAGGAGCCGUCGGUUUGCUGAACAACGAUGAACUCAAUACACACGUCUCUGAACACGCAGCGUCUCUUUAAUUUAAGGUGUUCCUUCAUGUUUGUUGUAAAUCGUUUUCACUCCAGGAGUCUGAACGAUCUUUGUUGAAUAAAGGUGAGAAAUGUAAGAAAUGUAUGCUCUAUGAAUAAAACCUUACAAAUGUCA